CAUUUGGAUUAUCCAAUGGCGUGCAACGUUUCCGGAAGUAGCAUAGACUGCGACAGUUCAGUUCUUCACAGGAGAGAAAAGCUGAGGAUGUCUGAUAAUGCGGAGUCCCCCACGGAGGCGCCAAAAGAUGAGCCUUCCGCUGUACAACAACCCGCAGAGGACUCGGCAGACGAGAAGAAAAAAAUUGACAUCUUGUUGAAGGCAGUGGGUGACACUCCCAUAAUGAAGACGAAGAAAUGGUCAGUCGAGAAAGGGAGGACAGUGCAAUCUCUCUCUCUGUUCAUCGCCCGUUUCCUCAAGAUGGAUGCUAAUGAACAGCUGUUUAUUUAUGUAAAUCAGUCAUUUUCACCCUCACCCGAUCAAGAAGUAGGAGUCCUCUUUGAAUGCUUCGGCAGUGAUGGGAAGUUGAUUCUACAUUACUGUAAAUCUCAAGCCUGGGGCUGAGGAGUGUGUUGUAGUUGUGCCCUCCGCAUUAACUUCACACAGAAACCGUUUUUACAAUUUUCUUAUAGAUUAACGUUAUCAAAAUGGCAAAUUUCUCGUUUCUAUUAUUCUGUAUAUAACAAAAUGUAAAUAAAUUAUUGUCACUGAACAAA